AUGGAUUCUACUAGCUCCAACUCCAGCUCGAAGCGCUCAACUCUAACGCAUACUACGACAAAGACCGGAGAAAGCAGAACUGUAUACGACCCAGACCUUGAAGUUCAUCUAAUCGACCAUGGUAUCUUCCCACCAUCUGCCCUCUACCCAGACGGUACGGAGCUAUCUAAGCCGGAGAAUCUUGCCGAAAUACAAAGACAUUUACGCGUCCCUCACCCGUCUCUGGCCUUAUCCGAAGAUUCUCUGAGAAAGAAAUAUAAAGAAACCACCAUCGCUAAUAACAGGGCCAUCGAUAAGCAGAUGGUAAUCAUAAACGUUCUUUCGAUUCUUGACGGCCCGCAAUACUCGUUAUCCUUUCACGCUGGCGGCAAUCACCUAUUCACCAACCUUGCGCCUCUGACAGACGGCACCCUCGCCAACGCUAAACCUGAUUUCUACGACGGCGCACCGCCUAUCCAGCUCAAUCUUCGUACCCGCGAACAGCUCAGUGACCAGAUCACCCCGACCCGUCGGAGUGACCGGGAUCGCCCUAUUGCGCCUACUUUCUUCGUCGAGGUUAACGGCAAAGAUGGCUCGCCUGCCGCGCUAAGUCUCCAGGCCUUGUAUGAUGGCGCGCUGGGCGCUCGAGCCAUGCAUUCCCUGCAGCGAUAUGGGAAUGCGCACGAGGAGCGCGAUCGACUACACGAUUGCGAUGGCUCCGGCCCUGCCCAUGCCCAUGCCCAUGCCCAUCCUAACACUCACACUCACGAUUCCGAUCGUGAACGUGACCCCGAUUACGACAAUCACGCCUACACAAUGACAUGUACAUUCCAAGCCGGGACUCUAGGCAUCUACGUGACCCAUCCUACCCGGGCCCCGAGCAACGCGGACCCAGCCCGUCAGACGGAUUAUGUGAUGACCCAGGUCGGGCAUUACUCGUUAAUCGGGAGUCCGGAGUCGUACCAACAGGGUCUAACCGCGUAUCGCAAUAGCAGGGAGCUGGCGAAGAAAUAUCGGGAUGAGUUUGUUAGGCGGGCGAAUGAGCGGUGUGCAGCUGAGUAUUUUCAGGGUCGGGUUCAGGAUGCUGAUAAUGCUGAUGAAUCUGGACGGGGGGGGGGGGGGAGGGUGUAG